GUCGUGGAUCGGACGAAGCCUUGCGUGUCCAAGGAGGAAGAUUCCUGUCCGCAGAAGGUUGUAUCAACAGCAGACGAAAAUCCAGAGCCGAAGAACGUAAAGGCCAAAGUGACCAUCACGCCUGCAAAAAACGAGGAGAAGAUUGACAAGUACAGGCUGUUUUGGGGCAAGCAUGCCUGUGGUGAGAAGGAGCAAGACGCUCAGGCCAAGAACGGUUACCUCAAGGACGUCCGGAAGGACGAGUCCCUCGAG